GUAAUGUGUAAAUAACGCGAGGAAACACUGACAACCUUUGGUGAUUUUUGUUUAUUAUACCUUAAUGGCAACAGAGUCUGCCAGUAUAUCGGAAUGAUUUUCAGGGGUAAAUACUACCGAACGUUUUUCCAGAUUCAGCCUUGGCUUAAACUGUCGGUUUAGUAGAAUAAAAAAACCUGCUCGUGUUUCUAGUACCACAAUGUAUCUAGGAAAGCGAGUCUAUGGUACGACUAACUCGUACCAAAUGCAAUCCUAUAAAAGUUGAUUCGCGCAAGUCAGACUUUCACCGGAUCGUGUUUCUAGUACUACAACGUAUCUAGGAAAGCGAGUUUUUAUUAUUUAUCGACCAAUUCGUACCAAAUGCAAUCCUAUGAAGGUUGAUUUGUUCCUGUCAGAGUUUACACCCUCAGAAACAAAUAUAUUAUAUUGAAGCGAGAAAACAAAUUAAUAUAUGCGCAUGUAGGCCUAGGUAGUAUCAUUCUACUAUAAGGAAACAGCGUGCUUAUAGAAUAAAACUAGUGAUUUUUUCCCACAAAAAUUGUGUUCUGUUAAACUUUGCAUAGUAACUGACAUAUUAAAGAUGUCUACUAAACAUGUUCAACUAAUAAUAAAUACAGUAUAAUUCAACAUAGCGUCCCAAGGUGUUAAAUUCAUAUUGGAAUGGUAUUCAGAUCAAAAAUGGCCAAGAAUCUUGCUGUACAACAGUAUUUCUGUACCACAGCACUAAACGUAACACCUAAAGAUGGGCUGAUUGAUGAACCUGUCAGUCUUAAGAUUUCUGGUUUAGAUAAAAAUCAGAGAAUAACAUUAAGGAGUAGGAUAAAAAGUAAAGAAGAUGAAGUAUUUAUAUCACAUGGUUAUUAUACAGCGGAUGUUAAUGGUUGUAUAGAUGUUGAAAAUACGCCAUCUUCUGGUGGAACGUAUUCAGGAAUUGAUCCUAUGGGUUUCCUUGCCAGUAUGGUUUCAGCACCAGGAAGUAAGCCAAACCUAAGACUGGCAGCAAAAGAUGUUACAUCACCUCAUCGAGUUGAAAUCAGUGUAUUAGAUGGACAAACGUCCCUGGAUGAACUUUCUACUGAUAAAUUAAAACCUCUUAUAACAAACACUAUUAAUAGAUGGUAUAUGAAGAAAGAUUAUCAAAGAUUAGAAAUUAAUGAAGGGCGGAUUAGAGGCACCAUGUUCUUACCUUCAGAUAAUAGUAGAAAGCCUGGUAUUAUAGACAUGUUUGGUUCUAGUGGACGUAUUAAAGAAAACAGGGCAGCUUUAUUAGCUAGUAGAGGUUUUACUACACUAUGUUUACCUUAUUUUAACUACUCUGAUCUACCUAAAGAUCUUAAAGAUAUCAAUUUUAGCUACUUUAAGGAAGCAGUUGAAUUGUUCAGUCGUCAUACUAAUGUUAAACCUGGUGGUAUUGGUGUUAUAGGUAUAUCUAAAGGAGGAGAACUUGCUAUGUUAAUGGCUACAUAUUUACCACAAGUUAAAUGUGUAGUGAAUGUCAAUGGUCCACCGUAUUAUUCUCUAUCAGAUUUAAUGGAGGGUGAAAAUGUUUUUUUUAAAGGAGUUAGUGUUGAAACCAGCCAAAUAGAAGUUGUAGGAGACAGUUAUGUAUUGAAAAAUGCAUAUAAUUAUAAACCAGAGAAUUUUAUACCCGUGUGGAAAAGUCAGGCCAAGAUAUUGAUCAUAGCUGGCGAGGAUGAUAAUCAAAUUAACCCGGACUCUCAUGAUGAAUUCUAUUCCCAUUGUCCAGAUGAUAAAAAACAUCAAAUAAUUAUAAAGAAGUACCCUGGAGCUGGCCAUCUUAUAGAACCACCUUAUACACCAUUAUGUAAAAACUCUUUCACUCAUUUAGGAGGAGUAAUGUUAAAUAAUGGUGGAAGUUAUCCGGGUCAUUCCACUGCUCAAGUUGAUUCCUGGAAGGAUAUAAUACAGUUCUUUAAAAAUAAUCUUAAUACACUACAAUCUCAGUUAUAAUAAAACUCCAAAACGAUUUGAUGAUGAGCAGACAGACGUAUUUAUAGAUAAUUGUGUAAAUAAAACUGAAUAAACAUGUGUGUCAAUUCCUAAAUGCCACUCAAAGACGAUAUUCGUCAUCAAUAUAGAGAUGAGACAGUGAAAUCGGUGAAUUUAAUUGGUAAAUUAGAGGGUAAAUAUAUUAAAGGAAAAAACAAUCUGACUUUUCUGCUCCCUCUUGAUUAAUUAUUAAUUAGUUGUUACUUGUUUUUUUGCAUAUAAACAUUCUGUAUAUUAUUUUCAUCAUCAUUUGCUUGAAAACGUUGUGUUUAUUACUUAUAUCAGUUGCUAAAUGCCGCUGAAAGAAGAUUAAUAAAAGUUGUUACUUCAGUU